AUGGAGAGGUUAGCCACGAUUACUCAGCCGACUGUUCUUUGGAAAAUGGCUACUAGCAUUUUACCUGCUGCUGAUCGUAUGGACACCCCUAUUUGGCCUCGGGACAACUUUAAUUCUUAUACGGUCAAAUCGGGAUACCUUCUGGCUUGCUCUUCUCGACAGCGCAACGAGGCCUCGUCUUCGUCAUUGUCUUCUUCCCCUUUAUGGAAGUGGAUUUGGAGUUUGGAUGUCAUCCCGAAAGUGAAACACUUCAUGUGGAGAUGUGUAACAGGGGCACUUCCUUCGACCAAAGCCCUCAUCCACCGUUCUAUUGAUGUGGAUCCCCUUUGCCGCCGGUGUGGUUUGACAAUGGAGACUCCGGAACAUGCACUCAGAGAUUGCGUUUGGGUCUCCUCUCUUUGGGAAAUGUCCCCGCUUCGGCUCCAACCUUUGCCUAGUGAUGAUAUCUGCCCCAUCGCUUCUUGGUUUGAUCGCAUUCGCCAGAAUCCGGUCAAGGAGGUUCACACUUUGUUUGCGUCGAUUGCCUGGGCCUGCUGGUACUCUCGGAACCUCCUUAUUUUCCAGGACAAAUCACUCUCUCAUGGUGAUUGUCUCUUGAUUGCGCAGCGAGCAGUUUGCUCGAAACCCUUACCUGAUCACCUACCGCUUGCCAGGAACAUUACUCUCCAGUGUUCUCGUGACUCUCAGUUCAAGAUUAAUUGUGAUGCUGCGUUUGAUGUGGGUCGUGGCUUUGGCUUUGGUGUGGUGAGUACGAACAAGGAUGGGACGUUGGUGGGUGGUCGUCAGGGGUUUAUCCCGGGGUUUUUCUCGGCGGAAAAAGGUGAGGCUAGAGCGAUUCUUGAAGGCCUGAUCAUGUGCAAAGAUAAGGGACUCGAAGACAUCAUCAUCGAGACUGACUGCCAAUCCUUAUUUUGGAGAUUACAGAACAGGAAGGAGGAUCGUUCUUCUCUUGGUGACUCUGUUGACAAGAUUUUAAGCUUGGCUGCCUCGCUUCGAAGCUGCUCCUUCAGCUGGACACCCCGUGAAGGCAACUAUAUAGCUGAUUGUUUAGCUAAAGUUUCUCUCCGUAACAAUGUGACUCAGUUUGUUUCUGAGGUCUCCCUUCUGUUUCUAAACUCUCUUCUUGCUGAUUUAUGA